ACCGUAAAGAGUAAAAAAGUGUUCGGUCAGCUGUGUCGCACGUUUUCAUUUCCAUUCGCUGCUUGCUGUUAGAUUUUUUAACAUGGGAGGCCACCACAAGAAGAAUCUGCGUGCCGAGAAGGCCAAAGUAAAGCUCAAGGGAGCCAAGCUGCCCAAGGGUCUCAAUGUGACCAAGACCGACUUUAAGGUGCGCAAGAUCGAGAUCCGAGAGCAGCUCAAGGAGACUUCGUACACCGAAAGUGGCCAGCGGCAGCUCAACCUUAAGGAGACCCUGUCCCGGCUGAAACAUCACAGCUUCAAGUUCCGCACGGAUGCCAUGCGCAAUGUGCGUGAGUCGGUCAAGUCCGGCCAGGCCGAUCACCUCAUCGGCCACCUCAACGAACUCUUUCAGGGCAUCGCCGCAGGCGCCCUCGACAUGGAGCACAGUGUGCGCCAGGAGUCGUUCAAGACACUCGAUGUGCUGCUGGAGGUACUGCAUCCACAGGCUGUGGCGCCUUUCUUCCAUGUGAUUUCGACCUACCUCAAGUGCGCUAUGACCCACAUCCAUCCCACCAUACAGGAGGAUUCGCUUCUGAUGCUGGACGUGCUGAUGCUGCGAGUGCCACCCUCACUGCUGGCGCAGCGCAGUGCCAGCACCAUUGUGGGAAACUUUAUUGACAUGAUCUCGCGCUCCCGCCACGACAACGAGAAGUCAAAUCGCUCGCUCACCAUGAACCUGGGCCACGGCAAGCAGACGACCGUCAAGUGGCGGACCAAGGUGCUGCUCCGCCUUCAGCAGAUACUUGCCACAUUGGCGCAACACAGCGCCAAGACAGCCAGCACCAAAUAUCCAGUUCAUGUCGUCCAUUUCGAUGAGAAUCGCGCAAACUAUUAUGGUCUGCUUAGCCCUUACGCGCAGGACACCCGCGACUUGUAUGCCAUCCUCCACGAGCCCAAGCUGAGCGCAGAGGGUGCCCAGCUGCAGACGUAUGUGGAGCAACUGAUGCCCCUGCUGCAUGACAGUUGGCUGGAGGUGAGGCCGCAGCAACAGCAGCCCCUUCUGCCGCCCGAUGCCUCGGCCAGCCUCUACGUUGUGGUCAACCUGAUAAGCCAGCUGUGGACGCUGAUCAACCAGCACGAGGCAGCGAACAGCACCAACGAGUUGAGCCUCUGGCUCAGACAGAAUCAUUCUAAAAAGUUUCUAAAGAACUUCCUCGAGCAGGACGGCAGUCGCUUCCCCUACCAGCAGAUGCCGCACACUCAGGCAAAGGGCAAGAAGUUGGCCAAAGAGAAGGGUCCCGCCGACGGCGGCGAGCAGUGCCUGCCCCAGAACAUGGCCAUUGUCCAGAUAGCCUGCCAGUUCUACCCAGAUCCGAGCGAGAAGCAGGCCACGGUCUUUGCCCACCUCGUUCAGUAUGUGAACGAAACACUGAAGCAGCUGGAAAAGCUAACGCCGGAGCACCAGCUGCCUCUGGUCGCCGCCCUGCGUUCGCUGCUGCUGGACAAUUCGCUGGCGCUGCACAAUCUGAUACCAGAGCAGUUGACGAGUCUGCUGGAUGCCUCCAUGCUGGCGUAUGUCGAACAGCGCUAUGCCACACGUGAGGGUGUCUCCACCAAGAUGCUGAGCCUGCUCUGCGAGAUUGUGCAGCAAACGGAGCUCUACAAACGCUUUGGCGGUGAGGAGCGUUUCGCCCUAUUUCUGGGCUAUCUGCCGGAGCUGCUGCUCAAGCCAACGGUGGCCGAGGGAACGCUGCGUGCCAUGGCCACCCUUUGCCGCCAGAUGAAUGCCAUUUUCAUGUCCGCCCUCGUACAAAGCUCUGCUGAUAUUCUUCUCCACCUGUCGCAGCUUCAGGUGACGGGCAAUGCCCAAGGCGAAGACAAAUUUGAGAAUCAAAAGCGUAUCCUCAAUCUAUUCUACUAUGCCCGAACAUGUGACACAAAGAACCAACUGAAGAAGGCGCUCAGGCAGCUGGCCAAGCAGCAGAAAAACGACAAAGACGAAGAUGAUUCUCCCUCAAAUGAACAAAUUUUCAGGUACUUGCAGUCGGUGCUGGCGUUUGACUAACCAACCCAUUCAAAUAGUUUAUAAAUCUAGUUUAUACUCUAA